GGGCAAUAAACAGGUGAAGCCCCGCCCAGCGCCUCUGUUUGUGCCCGCGCCUCCGCCAGGGGGCGUGCGGAGCGAUGAGCGUCGGAGGGCGGGACCAAUGACGGGGCGGGGCGGGGGCCCGGCAGGGCCAAUAGGCCGGCGAGAGGGGCGGGGCGGAGGGGCGGCGGGGCCAAUAGAGCGGCUCGGCGCGCGCAGGCGCGGAGCGGAGGCUGGUGCCGGGGACCAUGAGCGGCAGCGCCGAUCCCGACCCCGCGCCGGCGGCCCCGGCGGCCCCGCCUGGCCCCGCCGAGGGCAGCAAACCCAGCCCGGCCGCCGUGGGCAGCGCCGGGCCCGGGGCGGCGCCGGCUGCGGGGGGCGGCGCGGCGCGGGCCACCGAGGGCUGUGCGGCGGGCGGGAGGGGGCCCGUGCCGGUGUCCGCGGCCGUGGCCGCCCCCCCGGACGGGGCCAUGUCCAACGGCGUGUACGUGCCGCCCGCGGCCAACGGCGACGUGAAGCCCGUGGUGUCCACCACGCCGCUCGUGGACUUCCUCAUGCAGCUGGAGGACUACACGCCCACGAUCCCGGACGCCGUCACGGGCUAUUACCUGAACCGGGCAGGGUUUGAGGCCUCGGACCCCCGCAUAAUCCGCCUGAUCUCGCUGGCGGCACAGAAGUUCAUCUCAGACAUCGCCAACGACGCGCUGCAGCACUGCAAAAUGAAGGGCACGGCCUCGGGCAGCUCCCGCAGCAAGAGCAAGGACAAGAAGUACACGCUGUGUACUGCCUGCCCUGUGACUGCCUGCCCUGCCCCCAGGACAAGAAGUACACGCUGACCAUGGAGGACCUGACACCGGCGCUGGCCGAGUACGGCAUCAAUGUGAAGAAGCCACACUACUUCACGUAGAGCACGGGGAGCUUGGGCAGUGUGUAGGGGUCCUGUCGGUGCCAUUAAACACCUCACAGGG